UUUUGAGACUACUAGUAUCCUGCCGUCUGCUGAAUUGCUGCAUGCAUGAUAUGAUAUGAUUUUCUUAAUCUUAUGACGUGUUGUUACAAAUUCAUUAUGAUUUGAAUAUAUCUGACAAAACCGACAUUUACAAUAUUUCAUUAUGCCGCGUUUGAAUGGAAUCUUAUGUUCUGGACUUAAACCUCUGAGAAAGUUUGAAAACUAUAAACCGGUACCGACGUACAAAAUUCUGUUGCCACCUAUAUUGAAAGAUUCUGUGCCAGACACUGGGGGAAAAACACAAGUUGCAGUAUGUCUGCAGCAAAUGAACGUCAUGAUGGCUUGUUGGAAGAACAACGAAUUUAAUGAAAGCAAAUGUUCGGAAGAAAUUAAGGCCUUUAGUGAAUGUAUAGAGAAGUCAAAUAGUGAAGCAAGGGCGCUCCAACAAGCUGAGAGUCUUGGCCAGACUGAUUCUGUAGCUGGGAAGCCGACAUCUCGUACAAUCAACAAGCUUCUGAAACGUUACCCACAACCUCCUACAACAAUCAAAGUGAAGAUGUGAUGUACGUUGUGUCUACCUUGUCAUGGAAUAUUGGCUAAUUUUGGCAUGAAUGGAGUCUGUAUGGAGGUAUCUCUGGCAAGUGUGAAUAGAAAGGGACAUGGCGAAGAUCCUCGACCUCCUGUCAUACACUUCACAGCUUUGUCCUGAUUUAGAUAGAAAAGCAUGUACACUCGCGGAAUCCUAUAGAUUAUUUUUAUGAAAAUAAACAUCUAUACAAAGAA